AUGGAGUCCUUUUUCUACACUCUUCAUGUAAGUCAUGACCAUGAUUCAAUUCUUGCCAUGUAUCAACAUAUUCCUUAUUUGAGUAAUAAUUUCUACAUUGAUUUUGAUUACACCAACACAAUUAUAGAACCUAAUGCUAGAAACACCGUAUCUCUAUCUACAAUUACAAUGAAAAACAUAUUUGUUGUUCCUCGUGAAAUCUUAUGUAAUUGUAUGGAGAGGGAUCAUAUCGUUGCUUUAUACCGUAUCUUUUCUUCCGUGCCUACUUACUUAAUAGAUUCAAUUCUACCCAAAGUGGAACAAUGUGCUAGACAAGUUGUUGCAAACAACGAUGUAUUAAAGAUGAAUUUGUCGCUUCGCGUUACCACAAAACAAAGGCCAGAGCAAAUUGAAGACUUGAUUGAAAAAAUGGAGUCUAAAGAUUGGGGUUCAACUAAACUCAACUCAAGUGAGGGUGAUGUAUUGGUGGAUGUGAACGACACUAAGAGCAUUUCCAACGAUAAUCAAAUAAGUUCGUCUGCCAUCAGCGCGUAG